AUGAAGAAAAAUUGGACAUUUAAUUCUCAUGUUCAAGGUCGCGAACGAAAGGCGAACGGUACGGACGAUAUGACCACAAGCAUGUCGGAGACGGUGGAUUGGACUUAUGCAAUAUGCGAACUCCUCGACAAACAGGGCGUUGAUUUGCGCAAAGAAAUGGAUGAACGACUGUUAGAAAUGGAGGAACAGUAUCGUCGAGAACGCGAGGAAAUAGAUAGACGUUUUGAUGAGCAACGAAGGGAAUACGAGGGUCAAAUACAAGUGCUGCAAGAGAAGGUGGAACAGCAGUCAAUGCUCAGUUCAAUGGUUCAGGAGGAUUCCGUUUCUGAGGAGGAAAGUAAGUACUGCUUUAAAUACUCUUGA